UGCUAAGUAUCAUGGAGGAUCAGUAGGAGAACUGUGGCCAUACAAGAAAACCGAGUUGUGGGUCCAAACUCUGGAGUUGAAAAUUGUAUUGCCAUAUUUUAAUUUUUUAAUUUUACGUUAACCUAGUGUUUUAUAUUUUACUAAUAAUGGAGAUGAAAAAGAGGAUCAGUUUAGAAUUGAGGAAUAGGACACCAGCGGAGGUGGCCGAGCUGGUGGUGGAUAACUGCCGCACCAGUGAUGGUGAAGUAGAGGGCCUGACAGAUGACUUCAAGGAGCUGGAAUUCCUCAGCAUGGUCAACGUUGGACUCACCUCCCUGGCAAAGCUACCCUCACUGCCCAAACUGCGCAAGUUGGAGCUGAGUGACAACAACAUCUCGGGUCAUUUGGAGACACUUUCAGAGAAGUGCCCCAACCUGACGUAUCUAAACCUGAGUGGCAACAAGAUAAAGGAGCUGAGCAACGUUGAGGCCCUGCAAAAUCUGAAGAACCUGAAGAGCCUGGACCUGUUUAACUGUGAAAUCACCACACUGGAGGAGUACCGUGAGAGCAUCUUUGAGCUGCUGCCUCAGGUCACCUACCUGGACGGCUUCGACCAGGAGGACAACGAGGCCCCUGACUCAGAAGCAGACGCCGAUGAUGAUGAGGGGGAGGACGGAGCCGGACCGACAGGGGACUAUGAUGAUGAAGAUGACGAGGAGGAGGAGGAGGUCUCGGAAGGACGAGAGGUUGGGCUCUCUUACCUAAUGAAGGAAAAGAUCCAGGAUGAAGAGGAGGAUGAUGAUGACUACGCAGAGGAGGAGGAUGGAAAAGAGGAGAAGGCAGGAGUCAAAGGGGACAAGAGGAAGAGGGAUGCUGAGGAUGAAGGGGAGGAUGAUGAUGAUGACGACGACGACGAUGAUGAUGACUAGGCUUGUCUUUCCCCAGCGAACCUCUGGAUCCAGAUCCAAGCUGUAGAACAAUAACCACAAAAAAGUGUGAUCUUGCAGAUUGUUUCUCUUUGUAUACAAUAGAUAUCACUGUAGAGGCUGUUUUUUCGUUUUUAUAUAUAUAUGGGAUACAAUAUGAAAAUGAGAUUUUAUCGACAAUUAAUUUGUUAAUCAUUCCAUGUUAAAUGACGACCCUAAAUCUCUUCAAUGUGUAAGGGCUCUAAAAUAAAUGGAUGGGGGGGCUGGAUUUAUCUCAAA